GAAGAUAAGCCUCUUCGGCUCUUCGCCUCAUCGGGCGCCAAACCUUUCCGAUUUACAAACCGCGCUUUGCGCAACGAGAAGACGAAGCCACGAAAGUAAAGGGAGAAGCCGCCGCCGCCGUCGUCGUAGAGCAAGCCAUGAAGUUCAAGGCCUUCUUUACCGACGAUGGCAUCUCCCUCCUCGACAAGCGAUUCCUACCGGCCAUGGACAAGGUGGGGCGCGUCUGCCACGUUUUCUUCACGCCCACGCACGCCAUGCUCCUCCACAACCUGCUCGGCGCCACGGCCGCUGGGCCCGACGGCGGCGGCCCGCAGUGCGUCGCUCAGUUCGCCAAGGACCUCCUCUUCCGUGAGUACAACCUGUCCUCGCGAAACGGGAACCAAAUCGCCUUCUCCGUCGAAGUCGCGCUGCUUCACCGCGCGCUCCGCAGCGUGCUCGCCGUCCACGCGCAGCCGCCGGCCGCCGGGGACGCCGCUGGUGCCCCCGCUAUACAGGUGAGGCUCGUCAACAAGCUGCCCGCAGGGUCACGAACCGCCACGCCAUUCCUCACUUUCGAAACCAAGGGCGCCCACGCGGCCGUCGUGCAGGAUGUGCCCAUCUCGCGCCCUCUCUCACGCUCCGACGUCGAGCGGUUGCACGCCGCCCUUGACGCUGCCAAGGAUCUCCCUAAGACUCUAGUCCAGGUUCCUGAUCUGCCACAACUGCAAAGCUUAGUGGAUCGUUUGAAAAAUGUUGGUGAUCUGCUAACUGUGGCUGUCACCCAAUAUGGUGAUCUCCAUCUACAAGUUUCAACUUCUCUUGUUACGGUUGGCUCUGAAUUUAGGAAGCUUAGGGUUAUUGGGGAUCGUGCAAAUGCACCUGUUGGUGAUCAAAAUUUGACUUCUUCGACUCGUAUGGAUAUGGCGGUUGAGAGAAGGGAAGCACUUUCAGUGCAAGUGAAUAUGAAGCACCUUGUUAAGAGUCUACACUGUCAUUUGGCCAAGCCAGACUGUACCUUCUAUGGCAUUGCUCCUGAUGGUGCUUGUUUAACAGUCGUGUUCCAGUAUUUCAUCCCAGGAACUAGACUGGCAGACAAGUCCAUUAGCUUCUACUGCAGGCUUCCAGUCCUCGACCCUGGAUCCAGUUAAAUAAUUAACCAGGCAUAACUAGAUUUAUGUAUCAGCAAAGAAUAUUAGGUAGCAAGACUAUUAGAUUAGCUGCUGCAUAUUUUCCUUCUCGUCUAGUGUCUACCUUAGGUGCGAAAGGGCCUCUAGCUGAGUUGGUUAGUUGGUCUGAGUAGCACUCCUCAGGUCCUGGGUUUGACUCCCCGUGGGAGCGAAUUUCAGGCUGUGGUUAAAAAAAUCCCCUCGUCUGUCCCAUGCCAAAGCACAGGUCUAAGGCUCAGCCCCGGUCGUGGUCGUUCUCACAUGGGCUUCGAUGCCGCUGUGUAUGGGUGGGGCAGGGGUUCGGGGGUUUUCUUGACCUGUGUGAGAAGGUCUUCUUCUUAAUACAAUACCCGGGGGCUGUCUUACCCUUCGCAGGUCAAGUUUUUUUUUAGUGUCUACCUUAGGGACAUGGGCUACAGGCUUCACAGUUAGUGUGGUAUGCUGCUUUAUGUGAAAGGCUGAUAUGACAUGUUGUACAAGCAGACAUGGAUCAACUUCGUUAUUGCAGUGAAUCCUUACUGGCAGCACUACAAAAGCAUAUUAGGUGCUGUUUGGUUUA